GUUUGAUGACAGCUGAACAGUUAGGCUCCGCCCCAUCGGCCGCUGCCGGCCGGUAAACGAGAUCUCGGCGUGAGCUGUCACCGGUCAUCAUGUGGGUGUUCGGUUACGGCUCCCUGAUCUGGAAGGUGGACUUCCCAUACGAGGAGAAGCUGGUGGGCUACAUCACGGGCUACAGCAGGAGGUUCUGGCAGGGCAGCACUGACCACCGAGGGGUCCCGGGCAAGCCGGGAAGAGUUGUCACGCUUGUCGAAGAUCCAGAGGGCUGUGUAUGGGGUGUUGCCUACAGACUGCCAGAGGGAAAGGAAGAGGAAGUAAAGGCGUACCUUGACUUUCGAGAGAAAGGAGGCUACCGGACUACGACUGUUGUCUUUUACCCAAAGGAUUCUUCAAUAAAACCAUUCAACGUCCUUCUGUAUAUCGGAACCUGCGACAACCCCAACUACCUCGGACCUGCUCCUCUAGAAGACAUCGCCGAACAGAUUUUUAAUGCUGUUGGGCCUAGUGGGGAAAACAUUGAAUACCUGUUUGAACUUGCAAAUUCACUCAGGAACCUUGUACCAGAAGAGGCAGAUGAGCACCUUUUUUCCUUAGAGAAGUUAGUGAGGGACCUUUUGGAGAGACGUCAAAAUAUAAAUUGUCUAUAAAUUUUAUGCCUUUCAUCCAUAGGAAUGGAGACGUACACGAUGUGUCCGGAUAUUAUUUAUGCAUUGCUAAGCAUUUAUUGGGAUAUCUUAAUUUAUAUGCAAUUGUUUUAGUGCUUUCUCUCGCUGAACGUAAGACCUUUCAGAGUACCUGCGCACGUUGCGGAUUACAUGCGGUUUUUCCAUACAAAAAUCAAAGCCGAAUUUCUGUUUAUCAACCUGCACCCGUGUGCAAGUACCCUUAGGGUGCUAGUGCAUAUUUGCAGAUUACUGCUAGUUGCUAUACGGGACCUGUACUUCCAAGCUGCAGCCCAGCAAUUCUAGGUAUUCUGCAUGUGGUUACUGUACUGCACGUGUAAAAGGAACGUAAAGUAUAGGGUUUAUUAAGGCCAAAUAUUAGAAGGUAGUAUAACCUAGAUACAGUGUUUGCUUCAUAAGCAAGCAAUAAUAACGGUAUGUCACAUUCUGCACACAUCAACAUCUCUAUGUUAAAGGGGUUGGCCGGGUUCAGAGCUGAACCCGAACAUAUCCCCAUUUUCACCCUGGCAGCCCCCGUUCCGAUGCUGUUCUUUGCCCUGCGCUGAAAUUUGGUACUGUACCGGGCUCCCCAUAGGAUAAGUUAGGCGGAGGCCUCUGCCCAGCGGUGAGCCCGGUGAUGUCACCGGCACUGAUUGGGCAGGCUUUAUCACUACCCUACCGCAUUGAAAAAUGAGAGAACACUUAUAUAAAAUAUAUGUAGUUUAUUAAGACAAAAAAUAAUAA